CUACGACACGUGUGUAAUGACCUGGAUGUCGCCUUGGCGCUCCUCUUUCUUCUUCUUCUUCUUCUUCUUCACCUCCCUCUCUCCUCUUCUCCUCUCUGCAAAACCAAAAAAAAAAAAUCCUGAAGUUUAUGAGUUAGUUUUAGAGAUUUCUUGUUGUACACUCUGUUUUCUAGAUUUUGUUUUCAAUUAUUCAUCUCCAGGCGAGGAGAAGGAAGAAUUUGGAUUUGAGAUUUGAAAGUUGGCUGAGUUUCUGAGUAAAGGAAGGUUAAAGAAUACUUGCAUCUCCUGAUCAAAGUAAGGUUUUACAGUGGUGCUUCACCAUGGGAAACAAUGAAGAAGGAAAGUCUUCUAAGUCUGAUAAAUCAUCUUCACCUGUACCGCAGGAUCAAACCAAUAUUCAUGUUUAUCCUGAUUGGGCAGCAAUGCAGGCAUAUUAUGGCCCUCAAAUGACACUGCCACCAUAUUACAAUUCACCAGUGGCAUCUGGUCACACUCCUCCCCCCUAUAUGUGGGGUCCACAGCCUAUGAUGCCACCAUAUGGAGCACCUUAUGCAGCAAUUUAUUCACAUGGUGGAGUUUAUGCACAUCCUGCGGUACCUUUGGCAUCACACUCGCAUGGCCAAACUUUUCCAUCUUCACCUCCUGUUGCAGCACCUUUGAGCAUAGAAACACCUUCAAAGUCAGGAAAUUCUGACCGAGGUUUAAUGAAGAAGUUGAAAGGGUUUGAUGGUAUUGCUAUGUCAAUAGGCAAUGGUACAGCUAGGAAUGCUGAGGAUGGGGCCGAACACAAACCAUCACAGAGUGGAGAGACUGAUGGUUCAAGUGAUGGUAGUGACGGGAAUACAACUGGGAUGACAGAUCAAACCAGAAGGAAAAGAAGCAAGGAGGGAACACCAACAAUUGCAGGCAAUGGAAAAAAGGAGACCAAGUCUGAACCAGUUCCUGCUGGUGAGGCAAGUGCACCUUCAGACAAGGUGUUGAAUGUGGCUACUUCUUCUGGUAAAUCAAUUGCAACUGGAUUAUCUCCUGGAAUGACCACAGAAUUGGAGCUUAGGAACCCUCCUUCAAUGAAUGCAAAGUCCAGUCCUACUAGCAUUCCCCAGCCUUGUUCUGUGUUGCCUCCUGAAGUUUGGUUGCAGAAUGAACGGGAAAUAAAACGGGAGAGGAGGAAACAGUCUAACCGUGAAUCUGCUAGAAGGUCAAGGUUGAGGAAGCAGGCUGAGAACGAAGAACUUGCACAUAAGGUUGAAUCCUUGUCUACCGAGAACAUGGCACUCAAAUCUGAAGUAAAUCAACUGACAGAGAAAUCAGAGAAACUUAGACUAGAAAAUUCUAUGUUAGCGGAGAAACUGAAAAGUUCUCAAUUUGGAUACACUGAAGACAUUAUUUUGAAAAAUGUCAAUGAGAAGAGAGCUGCACCUGUAAGCACAGAGAAUCUGCUCUCCAGAGUUAGCAAUUCAGGCUCUGUUGAUGGAAACCUAAUUGAAGAGGGUGACAUGCACGAUGAAAAAUCCAACUCUGGCACCAAGCUGCAUCAACUCUUGGAUGCAAGUCCCAGAGCUGAUGCUGUUGCCGCUGGCUGAUUUUAGAAGCCAGUUUACUUGAAGCUACUUCUUCAACUAAAUAUCAAGGUAAUGAUGUAGCUUUAUCAUAAUUGCGAGCCACAACUAGUGCUAGUGCUAAGCAUUGGCAGAGGAAUCGGUAGUUGGUUAGUUAGUUAGGAAUCAAAUCUCUGUUGGACUCUACCAUUGUACUUGUUAGUUAGCUUUCAGCCUUUCAAAAAAAAAAAAAAAGGGUUAGCUUUGUCUUGGCAGAACUGAUGUAUUUAAUUAAUUAAUUAUUUAAAAACAGAAUGGUAAGAUUGGAUCUUGCAAGGUUGUACAUCAAGAAGACUUUUAGGGAUUCAGUUUAGGAAAAGGCCUUGGAACCUUGAUUUUGUAAUCUGGUGUUCGUGCAAUUUUAUUAACUAAGGGAUUUGGUGGACUACUGUGUUAGGAUACAUG